UUUUCAUCAUUUCUUACAAUAUUUCCCCAAUUUCAUCCAUCCAAUUUCAAUCCAUCUCUCUUAUUCAUUCCGCCAUCAUUUUUAUAUCAAAUUAUAAAAAAAAAAUUAAAAAAAAUGGACAACAUGGUAGACGCAAUGAACAACGCAUACCAAGAAUUCGUGAACGCAGUCGCGACAACAAUCGAAUCCAAAGAACUAAACACAUUAUCAUCAUCCUCGUCCACUUCCGACACAUCAUUAGAAAACGUCAAACAGAAAUGGGAAUUGUUCCGAGUAGCCUGCGACCAAGCCGAGGAGUUUGUCGAGUCAGUUAAACUUAGAAUCGGGUCUGAAUGUUUGGUUGAUGAAGCAACUGGGAUGAAACCAAAUGGUCAACAACCUUCUGGGAUUCCACCUAUUAGUGCUGUUAGGUUAGAACAAAUGAGUAAGGCGGUUCGUUGGUUGGUUAUUGAGCUGCAACAAGGAUCGGGUGGUGGUGGUUCGGGUUCUGCGGGUUUAGGAAUGCAGCAGCAGCCUUUUGAUGCUAGGUUUCAUGAAGAUUCUGCACAAUAAGUGUACUCGAAGUCUCGCGAUAAAUGUGAUCUAACCGGUUGUUUUUUUUUUAGUUAUUAAUUACAAGAAGUUUGUUUUUUUUUGGAUUAUAUAUAUAGUGUAACAUGUUUAAGGAAUUUGUGAUAUCUUCAUUUGAACUUGAGAAUCAUUAGUGGUAAUUCUAUUUAGUUUCA